GUGUUUGUAUUUGCAGUAAAGGAAGCACGCGUAACCGACGCCACGAGACGUCGAGCUACCCGUGGGCGUAUCCAGCAAGCUGCUGAGGACAUUAGCGAUUUUCUUGCCGAACGCACCGACGUGCGCGUGGAUGAAAUAGCGCGCGCACACUCGACCAUGACUCAGGUACGACAACCGGCUGGAGCUCCCGUCGCGCUACCCGAAAGUGCCACAUUCAACCAGAUGCGACAUUUAGAUGCGCCACUGCCGGCACAAGACCGUGAUGAGGCUCUACGCCAGGCUCUAGCCGUGUGGCUGAAUGGGUCAUCAGAGCUCCAACUGACCUUCAACGUCCAAGCGCUACGUGCGCUACUCGGUUUA